AUGGGCGAUGAAGACUGGGAAGCAGAAAUCCUCAGACCUCAUGUGUCUUCCUAUGUUCCUGCAUUUGAGAAGGAUAAAUAUUCUUCUGGAGCAAAUGGAGACACUUUUAACAGGACUUCAGCUUCAUUAUCAGAAAUGAAAGAUGGACCUUCUGGAAGAGAUCAUUUCAUGAGAAGUGGCUUCCCCUCUGGGAGGAAUUUGGGCAACAGAGAUACUGGCAAGUCUAGUAAAAGAGAGAACACACCCACAACUGGUGGUUUUGGAAGAGGAAAGAGUUUUGGAAACAGAGGUUUUUUAAAUAACAAGUUUGAAGAAGGUGAUAGCUCUGGUUUCUGGAAAGAGUCUAAUAAUGACUGUGAAGAUAAUCCAACUCGGAGCAGAGGGUUUUCCAAGAGAGGCGGCUAUCAAGAUGGAAAUGAUUCAGAAGCUUCAGGGCCAUUCAGAAGAGGUGGAAGAGGUAGUUUCCGAGGUUGCCGUGGAGGAUUUGGUCUAGGAAGACCAAAUAGUGAAUAUGACCAAGAUGAGGAGACACAGCGUAGUAGCAGCCUUUUUGGUUCUAGAAGACCAGCAGUAAGUACUGCAGAUAAUGGUAACACCUAUCAAAGCAGAGGUGGUAGUGGAAGUGGACGAGGUGGAUACAAAGGUUUAAAUGAAGAAAUAGUAACAGGCUCUGGAAAAAACUCUUGGAAAUCAGAAGCUGAAGGAGGUUUUUUAUUUAAAUUUUAAGGACCAAAAGUGAUGUAUAUACCCCCUCCUCCACCAGAAGAUGAGGAUUCCAUCUUUGCACAUUAUCAGACAGGCAUAAACUUUGACAAAUACGACACCAUACUUGUAGAAGUAUCUGGACAUGAUGUACCACCAGCAAUUUUGACUUUUGAAGAAGCUAAUUUCUGUCAGACAUUGAAUAACAACAUAGCUAAAGCUGGCUAUACUAAGCUUACUCCUGUGCAGAAAUACAGUAUUCCUAUUGUAUUAGCAGGACGAGACUUAAUGGCCUGUGCUCAGACAGGGUCUGGGAAGACUGCAGCCUUUCUCUUGCCUAUUUUGGCUCAUAUGAUGCGUGAUGGAAUAACUGCCAGUCGCUUUAAAGAACUACAGGAACCAGAGUGCAUUAUUGUGGCACCAACUCGAGAAUUGAUCAACCAGAUUUAUUUGGAAGCCAGAAAAUUCUCUUUUGGGACUUGUGUAAGAGCUGUUGUCAUAUACGGGGGAACCCAGUUCGGGCACUCAAUUCGACAGUUAGUGCAAGGCUGUAAUAUAUUAUGUGCUACUCCUGGGAGACUGAUAGAUAUCAUAGGUAAAGAAAAGAUUGGUCUCAAGCAAGUUAAAUACUUGGUUUUGGAUGAAGCUGAUCGCAUGCUGGAUAUGGGUUUUGGCCCGGAAAUAAAGAAGUUAAUUUCUUUUCCUGGGAUACCAUCAAAGGAACAUCGUCAAACCCUUUUAUUCAGUGCAACUUUUCCAGAGGAAAUCCAGAGGUUGGCUGGGGAGUUCUUAAAGUCAAGUUAUUUAUUUGUUGCUGUUGGACAAGUGGGAGGAGCUUGCAGAGAUGUUCAGCAGACCAUUCUUCAAGUUGGCCAGUACUCAAAAAGAGAGAAACUUGUUGAAAUUCUACGAAACAUAGGUGAUGAAAGAACUAUGGUCUUUGUUGAAACCAAGAAAAAAGCAGAUUUUAUUGCAACUUUUCUUUGUCAAGAAAAAAUAUCAACUACAAGUAUUCAUGGCGAUCGGGAACAGAGGGAGAGAGAGCAGGCUCUUGGAGAUUUUCGCUGUGGAAAAUGCCCAGUUCUUGUUGCUACAUCAGUAGCUGCCAGAGGACUAGAUAUUGAAAAUGUUCAGCAUGUUAUCAAUUUUGAUCUUCCUUCUACUAUUGAUGAAUACGUUCAUCGAAUUGGGCGUACUGGGCGUUGUGGAAAUACUGGAAGAGCUAUUUCUUUUUUUGAUACUGAAUCAGAUAAUCAUUUAGCACAACCUCUAGUCAAAGUUCUGUCAGAUGCUCAACAAGAUGUUCCUGCGUGGUUGGAAGAAAUUGCCUUUAGUACAUAUGUUACUCCUGGCUUCAAUAAUAGUGGAAGAGGAACUGUGUUUGCAUCUGUUGAUACUAGAAAGAAUUACCAGGGCAAGAACACUUUGAACACAGCAGGGAUUUCGUCUUCACAAGCUCCUGAUCCAGUCGAUGAUGAAUCAUGGGAUUAA